AUGACUUCCUUUGGAAUGCAGUUUCAUACGUUUCGAGAACUGUCGCGAUACUUGCACGUCCAACACUCGUCCCUUUCCUCCCUGUCCACCUCUCCAUCACCGCCCACCCGCCACCCAUUCCCUUUGUCUCACGAAACCACUACCCUGGCCUUUGUGUUCCAAGGAGGUGUUAUAGCAGCGGCAGACACACGUGCCAGCUGCUCAGGUCUUGUCUCCUGUCCCUCUGUCCAGAAGAUACUGCCCAUCCACUCCCAUUUACUGGUCACCACUUCAGGCAGGAGAAUCCUGGCUAGAGAGAUCCGCCUUUACCAGCUACGCCACGGCUGCCGCUUGUCAAUCACUAGCUCUGCCAAGCUCCUCUCUCAUAUAUUGGAACCAUUUAAGGGGACUGAUGUGUGUGUGGCAGCCAUUAUAUCUGGCUCGGAUGUAGAGGAGGUUAGGGAUGACUUGACUGGCAGGGCCAGUGACAGAACAAGACAUGCAGUAACUGACGGGAACCUGACAAUAUCCCUUGCCAGUGAUCGUUGUGGCCCAAAGCUCUUCUAUGUGUGCAGUGACGGCACCCGUCUGCAGGGAAAGUUUUUCUCAGUGGGCUCAGGUUCGCCCUAUGCCUAUGCAGUACUGGAUGGAGGGGUUCGGUGGAGCCUGAGUGAGGAGGAGGCAAUCUCAUUGGCCAGAGAAAUUGUGUACAGGGCCACACACAGGGAUGCAUAUUCAGGGAACUGUGUGGACCUCUUUCACAUCACUGCCCAAGGAUAUAGCCACAGAGACAGGGAGGAUUUGAGAGAGGAGUACCACAGAGAGAAGGGAGAGGAUAGAGAAAGAAAGAAGGAGAGAAUU